AUACAGGACGGACCAGACCAACCGGCUAAAAUUUUAUCAUAAAAAAAUGAGCUUGCCGACUAAGAUAACUGAUUUAAUUGUGAAAGACAUUCGAUUUCCAACUUCAUUAGAGAAAGAUGGCUCUGAUGCAAUGCAUACAGCACCAGAUUAUUCAUGUGCAUAUGUCAUUUUGAAGACAGACUCAAAGUUGCAAGGAAAUGGAAAUACCUUUCUGAACGGCAGAGGAACACAAAUAGUGUGUUGUGCAAUUGAAGCCUUCAGGAAGCUGGUGGUUGGACAAAAAUUAGUUGAUAUUUUUGGAAAUUUUGGAAAAUACUGGCAGUCCUUAUGCAGUGAAGAUCAAAUCAGAUGGUUAGGACCAGAAAAGGGUGUAACACAUCUAGCUACAGCAGCCAUUAUAAAUGCAUUAUGGGACUUAUGGGCCAAAAUGGAAGGAAAGCCACUGUGGAAACUUUUAGUGGAUAUGGAACCAGAGGAACUUGUUUCUGUUAUUGAUUUCAGAUACAUGGAUGAUGCAUUAACAAAAGCAGAAGCCAUAGAACUUCUUAAAUCAAGAAAAGCUGGUAAAGAUGAAAGAGAGGCUGAACUAAAAAGUAAAGGCUUCCCAGCUUACACAACAUCAUGUGGUUGGUUAUUUUAUCCAGAUGAUAAAAUCAGAAAGUUGGCAAGUGAAGCAAUCAGUAAAGGUAUGGAAAGAUUUAAAAUGAAAGUUGGGGCAGAUGUUGAAGAUGAUAUCAGAAGGGCCAAAAUCUUCAGAGAAACAAUUGGAUAUGAUAGAUUAUGGAUGGUGGAUGCUAAUCAGAAAUGGGAGGUUCAGGAAUCUAUUGAUUGGAUGAAAAAGUUAGCCCCAUAUAAACCAUUAUGGAUUGAGGAACCCACAAAUCCAGAUGAUAUUAUGGGCCAUGCUGCUAUUGCUGAGGGUUUGAAGUCUGUUGGUAUUGCUGUGGCAACAGGAGAACAUUGUCACAACAGAGUAAUGUUUAAACAAUUUCUGAAGGCCAAUGCCAUGCAGUAUUGUCAGAUUGAUGCCUGUAGAUUGGGUGGAGUAAAUGAAUGUUUGGCAGUUAUUUUAAUGGCAGCAAAAUAUAACAUUCCAGUUUGUCCCCAUGCUGGUGGUGUAGGUCUGUGUGAACUAGUACAACACUUAUCCAUAUUUGACUUCAUAUCAGCUGGUUGCUCUUUAGAAAACAGAAUGAUAGAAUUUGCUGACCACUUACAUGAACACAUGGAAGCUCCAGUUGCAAUAAAAAAUGGCAAUUAUGUUGUACCUACUGUUCCAGGUUAUUUGGUUGGUAUUAAAGAAGGAACAAUUAAACAGUUUGAAUACCCAUGUGGCAGUGAAUGGCAAAGAAUGUUUGCUGAUGGUACAUUUGAACCUGAUGUGUAAAUUUACAGAAAAAAAGUAACCAUUGGCUGUUGUCAUUGGAGUUGUAUUCAUUACUAGAUUAUUAGAAUUUCAUUGAAAAAUAAUGUUUAACCUUACAUGAUCUGCAAUAUUUUGCAAUUGUUUAAGGGUAUUGAGAAUUAUUGUCACAUAUGUCUGUUUCACAAUAAUUUUAGUAAUAGUUGACCAAUCUUUAUAAAAAUUUUAAUUUUAUUUUCCUUAGCACUACACAAAGACUGGAUUGGAAGCUGCUUUUCUAGUCCUAACUGAAAAAUUGCUAAAAUAUUUUUUUUUAACCAAAUAUUUCUGCUAGUUACAUCAUUUAUUUUACAUGAGAUUUUGAUGAUGUUAACAGAUCUGUCAUAAAUUUAUUGUUCCUGUGAUUGACUGUUAAAUAAAGUGCAAAAUGGUAUGCUUAUUUCAAUUAUAAUUCUUUAUGAAAAUCUCUGUCUACUUUGCAACUAAAUUAGUGGUAAUUCCUAUAUUUCAUGUAAUAUAAGGGUCUAACAUCACAUUUCUAAGUAGAACACAAUUUGAGUAUGGAAGAUCUGUGAACAUUAACUGUUAAUUGAUUGACAGUUUGCACACUUUGCAGUGCCGUCAACUAAAAAAAUUGUACCCAAUUACAGCUUGCGUAUUCAAAUAAAGUCAUGCUCAAGUGAUAAGUGUAUGUAGUGCAAGGGAAAGGAGAAAUCAUUUGUGAGAUUGUGUUGGAUUUGUAUAUAUUUUCAGUUUAUUUACUAAAACUUAACUCUAAUGAACUUGUUAACAUAACACGCUUAAAAGAUUUUCAUAUAAAAUUUUCGUUUUCAAAUAUAUUUGAAUAUGUGCUAUAUAAAAUGAAAUCCUGCUGUUUUUGUAUGCUACAUAUUUUCUUAUUUUUUGUAACCUGCAUAUUUUUCUACAGAUCUGAGCUUGCUACUUAAAGUACAAAAUUUACAUUAUACUCCAAUGGACAUUUUACAUGCUCCAUUAUUUUUUCUAUUUAAUAUUGUACUAAUCAGAAAACGUAUUAAACGGAAAUAGAAUUUAUGUUUAAGAAAGAUGAAGAUAUAAAUAUAAAUUUAGAGAAUACUUACGGUAGAUUCUUUUAAUGACAUAUUAUUUAAGAAAUUAAAACAUCAAGAAACUAGACUGAAAAUCCAGAAACUAACAGACCUGCCAAUUAUCCUGAUUUAUGGGGGAUAUCUCCCAUGAGAGAUGUUGACCUGAAUUUUGAAAUUCUUUAUUAUAUAAUCUGCAGACCUCAAAACAGGCAUUCAAAUGAGUUAAAAGGGUAUUUAAGCACAUAUAUACUCAUUCAAACAAUAUAGUAGUAGAUUAAGAACACUUAUGACAAUAUAAGAGGAGCAUUAGGUCCUCUUGCACUUAAAAUCCCCCAUAGAGAUUUUGAAAAGUUGGAAGGUAUGAACUAAUGUUCAGUAACAAAGAUGUUUGCAGGCAGUUUAUGAAUACUACGUUGUAACUACAUACAGUGUUUAUUCAGUAAAAGGUGUUCAUGUGUUAGUGUAUGCUUUUAUAGUUGUUGAUUAAUUGUUUUGGACAUAUUUCCUACUUUUAUUAAAGUAUAUUCAUUUGACUGUUUUUGUAUUGACACUUUUUCUUUUGAGGAAUCUUUUCAUUUAAAUUAAAGGUGUAUGCACAGUUUUACUCAAAAUUUAAAUUCCUUUUUCAUAGGUUGUCAAUGAGUUUAACCAUUUUCAUCUUUUUGCAAUAUAAUUGAAUUUAAAGUAAAAAAAAUAUGAGGUGAAACAAUAUAUUCAUUUUUUUUUAAUCGGAGAUGAAUAUGUCAUUGAAAAUUUGACUUUUUUAAAUACAUCUCUAAAAAUUAAGUAUGCAGUGCUUUGUUGCACUACUUAAAACAUUACAUCAUUAAUAUUUUGUUUUGUUAUAAUGUCUGAAUUAUUACAUAGACAGUGUUAAUUAAAAAUACCUCUUACUGUAAGAAUAGAUAUAGAUUAUUAUGAAUGUUUAAAGUAGAGCUAGGAAUAUGGUUUAGAUAAAGCCAUCAGUAGUGUGAUGAAAUAAUAAUAGGCAUUUUUUUUUAUUGUAUUUUUCAGAUAAAACUAAAAUCCAAGAUAUUAUACAAAUAAUUCUCAUGUUUAAUGAUUGUUGACAGUCAUUUGCCAUUUAUUUUUAUAAGGAACAUUUUAUGUUUAUUGAAAUAAAACUUUCUAUAUUUA